GGUUUUUUUCACCCAUCAAACUCGUAACAGUGCUGAAGUGGAAAGAGGAAAAGAAAUUUCAGCCUUUGACACAGUUCCCUGUUUUUCAUCGUCAUGUCGGAUCUGAGAAAGUUGAGAAGAGGAGAAAUCAUCACUUUAAAGUCGAGAUAAAGUCCAGCGUCGAGUCCUUUCUGUUGCGCCUAACGGGAUUUCUGUUAUAUACAAAUUACAGAUCCAGUAUCAUGGAAGAUGGUGUGAAAGAGGAGACCGCCAAGCCCAAAGAGGUGAAAUGCGCUGGGAAGGCUGGUUGGUUGAAGAAAAGUUCAGGGAAGAUCUUGAGCAGCUACAAGGAUCGAUACAUUCAACUGGAACGAACUGUGAUUGACAUCUAUGAGAAUGAGGAAUUAACAACAUGUUUGGAAAAGUUGGACCUGGAGAACUACGAAAAGUGUCACGAGCUGAAAAGCACAUUCAAGAAGAAACAAAGGCUGGUACUAAUACGAAACCCCAAGAGCGGCAACAAGGUCCAAGAUGUCAAAUUUCAGGCACAGACCCAUGAAGAGAAAGAGGAAUGGAUCAGGGCAAUUUGUGAAGGAAUAAACAAGGCAAAAAAUAAAAUAUUUGAUGAGGUGAAAGUGGAGACCAGCACUUUAGAACAUGUUACGCGCUCUCGGCCGAAGAUGAAUCGUGAACGAAGACCGCCAACAAGAAUACACAUGAAGGAGGUUGCAAGUGUAUCAAAUGAUGGAAUUUUAAGACUGGAUCUGGACGGAGAAGUUAUCACGCUGAACGGAACGCAUAGCUUAAAUAAAGACGGGGAUAAAGAAACCGAAACUCCGAAGCCGUCCGUGUCGCUGAAUGACAUUGCCGAGGAAGAGGAUGUUAAUGAAGAUACCACACCCCAGAAGAAAGUUAUAAAGCCGCCAAUGCCGCCAUCAAAAGACAGCAAACCCAAUGAUAGCCAUAAGGACGAUGAGGCCAAAAAUGAGGCCCCACAGAAGAUUCUUACACCACCCAUGCCUCCAUCGAAAGAGAACAAACCCCGUAUCUCUUCUGAAGAGAGUGCCGCUGACGAUAAAGUGGAUGCGCAGAACGCCAACUCUGAACCAUCUAAGAACGUCCAACCUCCAGCUCCACCGUCCAAACAUAUGAAGCCCACCCAACCGGUUACUCCAGCCACAGAGAGUCAGGAGACUGAAGAGGAGCUUAAGGAGAUGGACGAUGAAGAUAUGGUAGAUGUACCUCCAGAUGCUCAAAAGAAAAAUAAGGAAGAAGACCAGACGUUCAUUCUAUCCAAUAAGAUUAUAAAGCCCCAAGUGGUGAUGUGGGAUUCACCCACUACACCAUCAAAGGAACCACCGGUUGAAGAAGAGCAAGACUCAGCGAAAGCGUCGGAUGACACUGAAAAAGUUACAACCUUGAUCGAACCUCAUCAGAUUAACGUGACACCACUUGCAACCUCUGAAUCUCUUAAAAAGAGUUCUGGACCUCCAGCUCCACCCAAGAAGAAGCCUGUAAAGCCAGCGGCCAAAACAGAAGAAGCUUCCCCGCAAGGUAACCCCACGAUCCUUACAAUCAGCACCACUUCGGAAAAAGUCCCAGAGCAGUCUAUUGAUAAAGUUGACAUCGCACUGACAACUCCAGAACCCAAACCUGAGCCAGGUGGUGAUAUUUCGAGUGAAGACGUAGAGGAGAAGUCUUUAGACAGCGGUCAGCACUCAGGAGAAGAGUCUGAGAUCAGUGAACAGGCUUCAACCGCAAAGUUGAAGGGAAGUUCCCAGGGUCUCGAUGGCGAGACGAGCGAGGACGAUCUUGAUCCGUCCGACAGCAAAGCCGAGAGUUUGGAGGAACCGUCCUUAGGAACGCCUACCACCACCACUGAGAGCUUGGCUCUCAACGCUCAUCCGUCACCUAGCAAGUCUCUACACAUAACUGCACCCCUCAAGUGUUCCCCCAAUGCCCGAUCCGCAUCCUUGGGAGACCUGCUGUCUGAAAACACUGAGAAUAAAGAGAUACAGCACGAAAGUGACGUAAAGGACUUGCAAAGUAAAGUGUCUUUUGAGAUGGCAGAGACAGAAGAGAUGCUGAGCGAAAUUGCGACCGGACAGAGUAGCGGAACGGAGGGGCCGGCAAGUCCUGAGAUCUUGCUCAACGCAGCGAUGGAUAAGCUCAGGAAAGCUGAGCAGUUCUUAAAGGAAGCCAGAAGUAUUAAUAAAAACAACAGAUUAAGCUUGUAAUGGCCACGGUAGACAUGCCAUUCUGAUUCUCUUGUCAAUGUGACAUCACACUGAUCAAGCCCCGCCCACGGCCACUGACAGACUGGUUAAUUUUAAAAGGCACACCUGAGACUUAUAUUACAUCUUGUAAAAAAUAGGCAGAAAAUAUUGAGAAUGAAUCUGUUUUAAAGGUGCAGUGUGUAACUUUUAAAAGGAUCUCUUGACCGAAACGCAAUGUUAAAUACAGAAAUAUAUUAUCUGUGGUGUAUAAAGACCUUACAUAAUGAACGUAUUGUUUUUAUUACCUAAGAAUGAGAUCCAUGUUUCUACAGAAGCCCUUAACAGACAAACUUUGUUAACCAUGUGUCUCCGAUGAUAACAUGUUUGUCCUGUGACGGUUACAGUUGCGUCUCUAUUCGUUCGAAAAGUGAGCGGUAAGCCGUGGACUGAGUCGUUGGUUGCUAUUCGCAACCUUACUACUAGAUGCCACUAAAAUGUACACACUGCACCUUUAAAUAAUAAAUAUUAUGUCAUAAUGAAAAGGAAAUGUUGAUUAAAUUAAGCUUUGAAGUUUAAAACAUAGCAAUCUACAAUGUAUAGACUACCUAAUCUGAAACAACAUCUCUGCUUUACUAUUUUUGCUACUUUGCUAUACAAAAUGUUGUACAGUUGUAUCUUAACCUAUAACACUGUGCUGCACUUCCUUAUGAAUACACCCCCUCAAAAAACAAAACUUGAGAGCAUUUACACAUGGUGGCAAUGCGAAAAGCUGAAUAAUAGUGAAAACAACAUGAGUUCAUAGUCUCUCUUAUUUUUUUUUAUAGUCGCAGAAGUUUAUUAAUAAUAUAAAUGUAUACCGGUAGACACCCACAAGUCAGAUGUAAUACAGUUAUUCUGGAAGAGAGUUUCAUUUCAACUUCGUCUUUCCCACAACAAGAAUAGGGAAGAUUACGAAGCACAGAUAAUACAGACAGAACAGAACUGAAUAUUUUACAACAAAAUGUUUUUUAUGGUACAAUUUGUGAUCUUGUAAAUAAUGUUUUAAAUAAAUGACACAGUUUAUGCGAUUAAUUUUUUGAUUUUAGUUAUGUGUCCUUAUGCUCAUAUCAAAAUGUCUUCACAUCCCAUUUAUCCAGUUGUACCAUUAAGUAUAAUUUCAUUUAUCCUUAUUUUUUUUAUAGAGAACUAUAGCUCAGUGAAUUUGAACAUUGUUGUAAAUAACAUGCCUGCCAGUGAAAUGCUUAAUAUUUAAGUUAUUAAUGUUCUGACACGUUUAUGUUUACUGUCUUUUUUUAAAGCAAUGCUUAAGAUCAAAUUACAAACAACUGUUGUACGUUUAAAAUAUAAUUAUUGAUGUUUACUGUUGAAGUUUAUAAGAGGCUUAUGAAUUUGUUUGUCAUUUGGUAUUUCUUAAUGGUAUUUACUAACUGGACUAAUAUUUUCUAAACUCUUAAAUGCAUAUUAAAUGUGCAAAAAAAUGGAAAUAAUUGCUUUGCAAAGCACGUCAUAAUAAAGGCAAAACGUCUUUAAAAUG